AUGCAAGUGUGUGAACGUACAUGCAGCUCGUUCGCCGUAGCGCACACAGAAACUUCAUCUACUUCUAUCAAACAAAGACUUUUGUGCAACAGAGCUGGUGUACACACACCUAAAGCGACGAAGCGGAAAAAAAAUAAAACCAGAAAGGACGUUCAAUAUUGUUCGUGUCAUUUGACUACGGUAUUCAGCAAAGACGGAACGGUAAUCACAAGAGGCUGUCUUGGACACGUGGGGCAUGAGUUGGACCCAGCACUGCUAAGAUUCUCUGACGAGCAGAGAAUGUACCUGAAGAAUCUGCUCGAAGAGCACCCUAUGGACUAUAUUAUUACUUGCCUCCGUGAGAGCGAUCCAACAAUGUCUACCAGACUGUCAUAUGUGGCGAAGGUUGACCUUCAUAAUAUUGCUAGGAAAUACAAUGUGGUGCCAAAAUUGAAGUAUGGAGAUGAUGCUACUUCUUCGCGAUCUUGCUCUGAAGAGAAAAAUCCCGACUAUGGCGUCAUUGAGAACGAUGAUAAGGAAUACGGUUCAGUACUACCUGAAGAUAUGGCUGGGAAAGAUGAUGGUAUGAUCAUCGUAGACGAUGACGGUGACCUAUCGCCCUUGGAGGCCGAUGUGAAAGAAUCCAUAAAGAUAGAACAAAUUCGACGAGAAGCAGGUGCUCGUAAACUGGAUGCUAUAAAAACUACUUGGGCUGCUGUGGAAGCUUCGGCAACUUUUUUGGCUAAGCUUGGUACAAAAAGCUCAAUAGGAAAAUUGGAGGAAAUACUGGGUCAUCUACAAACAGCAGCACGAAUUGCAACAUUCUCAUAA